AUUUGCACAGGACGGCAGACUCACUCGACAGACCAGCGUGCCAGUCUUGGCUCAAGUUGCUUGUGGCUCGUGGCACCAGGAGGCCUGUCGGGGACAACCUGGCAGGGGUAAUUAUGGCGUGCUCAGUGCUGUUCGUGAGCGUGUUCGUCCUGGGCGCCUCGGGUGCUCCCGCGCACAGCCUGCGCGGGUCGGGCCGCGAUGCGACGGGGGGGAAGUGCUGCUUCAACGGGUGCGGCGACGAGGACUCGUGCGUGACGGGCCACUGCGGCUCGCGGGAGCUGUGCCUGAAGCCUCAGCCCGAUGGCGGCUGCGACUCGUCCCCGCCUCAUGGCCACGGGGCCAAGCCCAGCUGGUGCCCGGCCGCGGCUCCGCAGCAGCUCUCGUCCACGGCCCCGGCCGCCGAGAAUGCGACGGGGGGGAAGUGCUGCUUCAACGGGUGCGGCGACGAGGACUCGUGCGUGACGGGCUACUGCGGCUCGCGGGAGCUGUGCCUGAAGGCUCAGCCCGAUGGCGGCUGCGACUCGUCCCCGCCUCAUGGCCACGGGGCCAAGCCCAGCUGGUGCCCGGCCGCGGCUCCGCAGCAAUUCUCGUCCACGGCCCCGGCCGCCGAGAAUGUGACGGGGGGGAAGUGCUGCUUCAACGGGUGCGGCGACGAGGACUCGUGCGUGACGGGCUACUGCGGCUCGCGGGAGCUGUGCCUGAAGCCUCAGCCCGAUGGCGGCUGCGACUCGUCCCCGCCUCAUGGCCACGGGGCCAAGCCCAGCUGGUGCCCGGCCGCGGACUCGUGCGUGACCCUGCGGCUCGCGGCCAAGCCCAGCUGGUGCCUGGCCGCGGCUCCGCAGCAGCUCUCGUCCACGGCCCCGGCCGCCGAGAAUGCGACGGGGGGGAAGUGCUGCUUCAACGGGUGCGGCGACGAGGACUCGUGCGUGACGGGCUACUGCGGCUCGCGGGAGCUGUGCCUGAAGGCUCAGCCCGAUGGCGGCUGCGACUCGUCCCCGCCUCAUGGCCACGGGGCCAAGCCCAGCUGCUGGUGCCCGGCCGCGGCUCCGCAGCAGCUCUCGUCAACGGCCCCGGCCGCCGAGAAUGCGACGGGGGGGAAGUGCUGCUUCAACGGGUGCGGCGACGAGGACUCGUGCGUGACGGGCUACUGCGGCUCGCGGGAGCUGUGCCUGAAGCCUCAGCCCGAUGGCGGCUGCGACUCGUCCCCGCCUCAUGGCCACGGGGCCAAGCCCAGCUGGUGCCCGGCCGCGGCUCCGCAGCAGCUCUCGUCCACGGCCCCGGCCGCCGAGAAUGCGACGGGGGGGAAGUGCUGCUUCAACGGGUGCGGCGACGAGGACUCGUGCGUGACGGGCUACUGCGGCUCGCGGGAGCUGUGCCUGAAGCCUCAGCCCGAUGGCGGCUGCGACUCGUCCCCGCCUCAUGGCCACGGGGCCAAGCCCAGCUGGUGCCCGGCCGCGGCUCCGCAGCAGCUCUCCUCCACGGCCCCGGCCGCCGAGAAUGCGACGGGGGGGAAGUGCUGCUUCAACGGGUGCGGCGACGAGGACUCGUUGCUUGACGGGCUACUGCGGGUCGCUCGGGAGCUGUGCCCUGAGCCUCACCGAUGCGGCUGCGACUCGUCACCGCCUCAUGGCCACGGGGCCAAGCCCAGCUGGUGCCCGGCCGCGGCUCCGCAGCAGCUCUCCUCCACGGCCCCGGCCGCCGAGAAUGCGACGGGGGGGAAGUGCUGCUUCAACGGGUGCGGCGACGAGGACACGUGCGUGACGGGCUACUGCGGCUCGCGGGAGCUGUGCCUGAAGCCUCAGCCCGAUGGCGGCUGCGACUCGUCCCCGCCUCAUGGCCAUGGGGCCAAGCCCAGCUGGUGCCCGGCCGCGGCUCCGCAGCAGCUCUCCUCCACGGCCCCAGCCGCCGAGAAUGCGACGGGGGGGAAGUGCUGCUUCAACGGGUGCGGCGACGAGGACUCGUGCGUGACGGGCUACUGCGGCUCGCGGGAGCUGUGCCUUAAGCCUCAGCCCGAUGGCGGCUGCGACUCGUCCCCGCCUCAUGGCCAUGGGGCCAAGCCCAGCUGGUGCCCGGCCGCGGCUCCGCAGCAGCUCUCGUCCACGGCCCCGGCCGCCGAGAAUGCGACGGGGGGGAAGUGCUGCUUCAACGGGUGUGGCGACGAGGACUCGUGCGUGACGGGCUAUUGCGGCUCGCGGGAGCUGUGCCUGAAGCCUCAGCCCGAUGGCGGCUGCGACUCGUCCCCGCCUCAUGGCCACGGGGCCAAGCCCAGCUGGUGCCCGGCCGCGGCUCCGCAGCAGCUCUCGUCCACGGCCCCGGCCGCCGAGAAUGCGACGGGGGGGAAGUGCUGCUUCAACGGGUGCGGCGACGAGGACUCGUGCGUGACGGGCUACUGCGGCUCGCGGGAGCUGUGCCUGAAGCCUCAGCCCCUGGUGCCGGCCGCGGCUCCGCAGCAGCUCUCGUCCACGGCCCCGGCCGCCGAGAAUGCGACGGGGGGGAAGUGCUGCUUCAACGGGUGCGGCGACGAGGACUCGUGCGUGACGGGCUACUGCGACUCGCGGGAGCUGUGCCUGAAGCCUCAGCCCGAUGGCGGCUGCGACUCGUCCCCGCCGCAUGGCCAUGGGGCCAAGCCCAGCUGGUGCCCGGCCGCGGCUCCGCAGCAUCUCUCGUCCACGGCCCCGGCCGCCGAGAAUGCGACGGGGGGGAAGUGCUGCUUCAACGGGUGCGGCGACGAGGACUCGUGCGUGACGGGCUACUGCGGCUCGCGGGAGCUGUGCCUGAAGCCUCAGCCGAUGGCGGCUGCGACUCGUCCCCGCCUCAUGGCCAUGGGGACUCGUGGCGUGACGGGCUACUGCGGCUCGCGGGAGCUGUGCCUGAAGCCUCAGCCCGAUGGCGGCUGCGACUCGUCCCCGCCUCAUGGCCAUGGCCAAGCCCAGCUGGUGCCCGGCCGCGGCUCCGCAGCAGCUCUCGUCCACGGCCCCGCAGCUCUCGUCCCGGCCCCGGCCGCCGAGAAUGCGACGGGGGGGAAGUGCUGCUUCAACGGGUGCGGCGACGAGGACUCGUGCGUGACGGGCUACUGCGGCUCGCGGGAGCUGUGCCUGAAGCCUCAGCCCGAUGGCGGCUGCGACUCGUCCCCUCCUCACGGCCAGGGCGCCAUGCCCAGCUGGUGCGUCUGGUGAACGUGCAUGCUGGGCGCAUGAGGCGUUUAAUUUGUUUUGUGUGCACGAUUUGAAGAUGCAGUAGCUGCUCUACGUACAGAAUUGUGUAAUACCGACGAGUGCAGUUAUUGUGAUAGCGUUUGCAAUUUUGAGUGUGAUUUUGUCAUCUAUGCGUUUCAGCCGAGUUCGAUACCUGGUCGUUGCCAUUGUUGCUCCAAGAGUGUGCAACAUUAGCAUACAGGAAGGCCGCAGGUACGUAUCGCAUUUGGGACACUUUUCGGACACAUGCGGGUGAGCGCACCUAAAAAACAAAAAGAAAGACCAGCGUGCCAGUCCAGCACGG